ACUCCGCGAAGGUCGCUGUUCAACAUCGCUCCUGUGGUCGACGCGUCCCUCGGCGUCCCUCCAGCUCAUACCUCUGCCAACGAUGUCGAGCAUCUACACAGCGCUGCGCGUCUCACCCAAGAAGAAGCGCGCACCUGCGGAGGACGACGAUGACCUCCUCACCCCCAAGAAGCUGCGCAUAGCUCCCCCGACGCCCCCAGCUACAUCGACGCGUCGGAAGCUCAAGCCGGACGAGGUCCCCCUCCCCCCACACCUGUCGCCGCUGCAGCAGGCACUAUCCCACGCCCUUGCAACGUGCGCCGUCGCGCCUUCCGAGGACACGGGUCUCGUGCGGAACGUGCUAAAUCACCUUUCGCUGGGGACGUACCACGGCCUAAGCACGAAGUUCGAGGUUGACGAUCUGAGGAGGCUCUGCUGGCUGUGGGAAUGGGACGCGAAGACGUUGCCUGUAGCGGAGGCGUCUAGGGCGACAACAGUGGAUGUCGAAGACGAGAAGAACCCUUUCCUUGUCGACGAGCCUGCGAAGACACCCCCAAAGAAGACUCAGACUCCGAAGAAGGCCAGCGCUGGAGACGACGAGGAGAACCCUUUCCUCGUAGACACGCCUCGGAGGUCGCCAACCAAAAGAUCUGUCAAGAAGGUCGUCGCUGUCGAAGACGACGAGGAGAACCCCUUCCUUGACAAGACGCCGAAAGCGUCAAGAUUAGCUCAGACGAAGGGCAAGGCUAAGGUCAAGCAGGAGGACGACGGUGAGAGUUCUGUCGCUCCAUCUUCACCUACCAAGUCGCCGAAGAAGAGCACGGUACGCGAGGAUAGUCCGGAUGAUAAUCCCUUCCUCGAGAACCGUCCUGUUGCCUCAUCAUCCAAGGACUGGAGUCGCGGGGGUAUGGGCUUCGUAGUAAGUCAAACGAGACAUUUCUCGAAAGCCUCCAACACCCGAGUCCCAGCCUAUGGGAUCGGCAUCGAGGUGGAGAUGGACAUCGACAAGGGUAUGAGCGGUGGAAUGGCUGCUGUUGCCCGGUGGACAGCAGCUGGCGAGGCAAGGCGGAAAGACGUACGUACGAAACUUGGUCGAUGGGUAGAGCUGCAUACUGGCAAGAUCACUGUUCCUGGUCUUCCUAUGGCGGACUUGCCCGCUCUUCCGAGUACCUCAAAGCCAUCUGCCCUCACGCGUCUUCUCGCUGCCUCCUCUCCCAAGUCACCUUCCGCGGCUUCUAUCCUCUCCUCGAGAUCGUCGUCACCCACACCUUCGUCCCCUUCCAAGUCCCUUCCAAGCUUCCCCUCUGUUUGCCGUGCCAUUCCCGAUCACGCCCUCCAGCAAACGGGCACACCAGCGAAGAACACCAUCGUCUUCCCGCAAACACCUUCCACGCGUGGACGCACGGACUCGCUCACUAGCUUGCUCACGCCCACGAGCUCCCGCGCGCGAACUCCUUCGCUAUCCGGACGGAGCACCCCCACAGCGAGCGACUCUGGCUCGGUCCCCUCCACACCAACCCACCAGCGUGGUGCCAACGCGGCUACUGUUCCGCAGACACCAACGAGUUCGAGGCGGCAGGCACUAUACGAGCGUAUCCGGCAGCGUUCACUCACUGCGUCUCCUACAAAGGGCAUGGGUAGCAACGCCGGGGCCAGUAUGAGCAAGGAGCAGCUCAACAAGCUCAGCCAAGAAGAGGUGCGCCGACGGUGCCUGCUUGGACGGCUCGGCGGUGUCGCGGAGAGUGUAUGGAUGCUGUUCUCAAACCCUGGCGGGUCGACCGCUGCCCCCACCGUGCGCAAGCGCCGCGCGAUGCCCGCGUCGGAGGUGGUAACAGCGGUGCUUAAGUCCUCGCCAGUGCCGAUCUCGUCCGCGGAGGCGCUUGAGUCGCUUGAGCUCCUGGUGAAGCUCUGUCCAUUUUUCGUCCGCGAGCUCGAUGUCGAUGGCGAGGACUGGUUCGAGAUGCCUGCCUCCAACACGAGCGCAGAGAGUGAGGCGGCACCGAAGGCAGGAGCUUUGAGCAGCCCAGGUAAGAUGCCGAUCAGCCCCGGGAGGAUCAAAGGCAAAGAGGAGAGCGCCGAGGAGCUGAGGACGAGGAGUCCAAGGAGAGUGAAGCGGGAAGGCGGCGGUCUCAGGGAAGUCCGGGAGAGGAUCCGGAAGGAAAUGGAAAUGAACGACUGAAGAUCUAUUAUUGCGCUAUCUAACUAACGAACCGCAACGUCUACUGGCCACUCGAUUGUACGAGGAAUCCCGUCUGUCUAUAUCUGCAUGACUACAUCACAGACUACCCCUUGUUGCAUCGCUUGCACUGGUCAUGAUUUGUCCAUACCAUCUACGUAGUUGUGCCGCAAUAUACCGUUGUACGCUUUG